GAUUCACUACACCCAAAAUAUUCCGGUAACAAUGGCUACAGCCAUGGACUGCAGAAACUGGGACGAAGACAUAUACAGAGAUUCCAUUAUACUCGAGAGAGAAUCUCAAUGUCGAACGGUCUUCCGGACUGCAUUUGCCCCGAACCCGGACCAUAAUUCCUAUCCGGACCUCAUCGUCGGCGCCAUUAGCGAUGGCUCCAUUGCCGCUUACUCUAUCUCUUCUUGCCUUGGAUUGAACUCCGCGGGCAAUUCAUUGGUGCCAGUAGCUGAACCUAGUUGGCUGGUGCAAGGACAUGAUGGACCUGCUUAUGAUGUUAAAUUUUAUGGUAACCAUGAAGAUUCACUGUUAUUGAGUUGUGGUGAUGAUGGUCGGAUUCGAGGAUGGAAGUGGAAAGAAAUAUUGGGGUCUAAGGAAUCGGCACAAGGAGGCGUAUCAAAGCCGGUACUUGACUUGGUAAAUCCUCAAAAGAAAGGUCCGUGGGGGGCGCUUUCGCCAAUUCCUGAAAAUAAUUGCGUGGCUGUUAAUACUCAGACCGGAUCCAUAUUUGCUGCUUCUGGUGAUUCUUGUGCAUAUUGCUGGGAUGUGGAGAAGAAUGAAAUAAAGAUGGUUCUUAAAGGACAUUCAGACUACUUGCAUUGCAUUGUUGCGCGAAAUUCUCACAAUCAGGUUAUAACUGGUUCAGAGGAUGGGACAGCACGAAUAUGGGAUUGCAGAACUGGUAAAUGUAUUCAAAUAAUUGAUCCCCAGAAGGAUAAGAAGUUGAAGGAGUUGUAUCCAUAUGUCAGUUGCAUAGCUCUUGAUGCAAGCGAGAGUUGGCUGGCUUGUGGAAGUGGCCGGUCUUUAUCUGUUUGGAAUCUUCCAGCUAGUGAAUGUGUUUCAGGUAUCACGACAAGUGCUGCUACCCAGGAUGUCUCAUUUGAUGAUAAUCAAGUUUUAGCAGUUGGAGCAGAGCCACUUCUUAGUCGCUUUGACCUGAAUGGAGAUAUUAUUUCACAGAUACCAUGUGCUCCUCAGUCGUUGUUUUCCAUUUCUGCACAUCCUUCAGGGGUCACAGCAGUAGCUGGUUACGGAGGAAUAGUGGAUAUUGUAUCACAAUUUGGUAGUCAUUUGUGCACAUUCCAGUGCAGAGGAGUUCAGAAGGGACUGCCAAUGCAGCUUAUUUAACUUUGGGACAUUGUUAGAUGAAUCAGUCAAGACAGGAAAGAAUUGCCUGCAAAGAAAGUUGUCAGUGAGAUGUUAUGGUUAAGGAAAACCAACUUUUUCUCUGAAAAAAACUUGGUCACCACUUACUUGCAGCAAGCUAUAUGAGUUUCACUUCAAAAAAAUGAAAUUUAGCCCUGUAUCAUCAGCUUGGGGAGGAAUUACUACUAACAAAUAUUAGAGUUAUUUUUAGUGAAGUGAGGUGUACAUAUGAAUAGCUGAUGAAAGUAUCACUGUGUAGUAACUAUUGCCAGCAAAAAUGAAACA